ACAGCAGACACGCGCUUGCCGCCGUGUGAAGUAACACUAAGAGACGGAAUAAACUUCAGUGAAGCUACCAAAAAAAAAAUACAAAAAAAAGAUUAUUUUGUACCCGGAGUGAGUGGAACUUGGUUAACACCUUUUUUUGGUCUUUUUUUUAAGCCUUCAUCAUGAGGAUUUGGAUUGUUGUGCUCGUGCUGCUUCACUCUCUGGUGGCAUCAAGACAGGUGCGCGGCGCCGCGGUGGACAGGUAUGACAGCGACAGGCAGCAGCACACGGCUGUCAUCAACUUCCUGGAUGCGAGCGACGACAGAAGGCCCGAGGAGGAGGAGGAGCUCACGGGAGAAGCCACGAUGUUGGAGGAAGAGGAGGAUGAUGAGGAGUACGGUGAUGAAUACUACUACGAUGGCGAGGAUUAUGAUGAAAGCACAUCUGGGGAUGAUGAAUUGGAAGUGCCAAGAGUCGCCAUGUCAAGCAAACCCAGAGAUCCAUCAGCCAUCCUGGAAGCAGAAAACACCGAAGGGCAGAGAAGGAGAAAAGGGAGGAAGAAGGGCAAAGGAAAAGGAAAGAAGAGGAAUCCUUGCAUGAAGAAGUACAAAGACUUCUGCAUUCACGGCACCUGUCAGUACCUGAGAGACAUCCGACUCCCAUCCUGUGUGUGCCACCCGAGUUUCUCCGGGAAAAGGUGUGAGUUGGUCUCCCUGCCUGUGGAGAAGCCUCCGGAGGGCUACAACCGCACCACGGCUCUGGCUGUGGUGGCUGUGGUGCUGUCGUCCAUCUGCCUCACCAUCAUCGGCCUUUUGCUGAUGCUCAGGUUUCACAAGCGGGGAGCGUAUGAUGUAGAGAGUGAGGAGAAGGUGAAGUUAGGGUUAGCAUCCAACCACUGAAGAGACAAGGAAGGGCAAAGGAGUGGAGAUACUACCUCAAAAUAGAAGGACAGGAGGAGGGUCCUGGAGAAAAUGAAAGGAACGCAGACGGAUGAAGAAAGGGAACAGGGGGUGUCCGCUUCACCCUUUGCUGGAUGUUCACAUUCAACAAAUAUGGACAGCUCAGCAUAUUCCUGGAGGCCUUGGACAAAGACGGCCACAUCUGAAGGUGGAAAUAGGGGACAGGCCAGAGGAUGGACUAGCAAUGGACGAGUGGUGAGCACCGAGGGAUGAGAAGGAAAGGAAGAAGAAAGAACAUUUGCUGCUUCCUGACUGUGUGAAGAGAACUUUCAGACUGAACUGAAUCCAAUUCAUUAACAAGCAAGAGAGCUAAAUCUGGAAUUUUUGUCUGGAAAAAAAACAACAAAAAAAACAGGCAGCAUUUUAUAUUUUCCCACACGAGCGCAUUAUUUGUUUUUUUUUUCCUGUACAGUAAACAGUAUAUUUAUACUUUUAAUUUAUUUAUUUAAGCAAACUGUAUUUAUGUAGGUUUAAUUAACCUCCUUCAACAGUUCAACAUUGAUGUUACAGUUGUUUUGUAUUCCUUAUUGGACAUUAUUUAUUAAAAAAAAAAAUACAAUGCUCAGAGUCCCAGGGGGCAAAUGUAUUAUUUAAAAACAAAUUGAAAAAUAGCCUUUAAUUUUGGCACUCAGAACAUAAUCGAUAGCACUGUGAUAUGUAUAUUUUUUUUUACUGAUUAGAGUUUUCACUGAAAACAACCAUUGUAGGGCAUCGUGCACAUUCAUAGCUGGGACAGUUGAGGCUGAAAAUGACUAUAUAUGUAUAUAUAUAUAUUCAAAAGGGAGUCCAAUAUAACAUACGGGGCCUUGAGCUGAAGCACUGUUGAAAUAAUUUGGUGUCUUUGUAAUUUGUUUGUCUUUGUCUUACCAUCAUUUAAAGCGAAACACUUACAGUAACUGUCAAGCAACACGAAGAAAUGUGAAUUCAUGUUCCAUGCUUUCAAAAACUGCAAUUCUGAAGUGAUUUUUAUUAAUGUGACUUCUUUUUUUCUCAGAGCGAAAUCAAUAAAAUCUAAGAAUUCUCCACUCCUGGUGU